AUGGCAGAAGAAGAUGAUCAGAAACUUGAUCUCAGACUGGGAUUAGGUCACUGCAGCCUGCCAAAAGAGGAUAACUCACCAAAGAAAACAAGUGGUUUUGGUGUUUCUUUGGAUCUCUCCCUCCCAUUAUCACACUCAAAUGACCGGAGUGGUGACAUUAUUGAGAGCUCCAAAACCUUUGAGGUUUAUGGAAUGGAAUCCCAGAAUUCUUACAGCACCAACAACAACAAUGGGGUUACGAAGAAGAAGUUGAGGUUAAAUCAAGAACAAUCAGCAUUACUUGAAGAAUGUUUCAAACACCAUACCACCCUUACCAUGGGUCGAAAACAUGAUCUUGCAACAAAGUUGAAUCUCAGGCCAAGACAAGUUGAAGUUUGGUUUCAGAACCGGAGAGCAAGGACUAAACUGAAGCAAACUGAGGUGGAUUGCAACCUCUUGAAGAAGUACUGCGAGAGUCUGAACUACGAAAACUGCCGGCUGAGGAGAGAGUUGCAUGAGCUACGAUCCUCGUUUAAAUUCGACGGGCCGGCGCCGGCGCCAUUUUCCGAUCAGCCUCCUAAGGCUAGGACUACUGCGACUUGUCCAUCGUGUGAGAAGAAUGAAACUGAAUUGGUGGAUACAGUUUUGGAACUUAAAAACUGA